AUGUCGACAGAACAAGGUGUUUCUGCACCAGAUGCAAUAGGAACUGAGGCAACUAAUCUCCUGAAAAGGAACUCAGAUGAUGUUGGAUGGGAAUAUGGUGUUCUUGUUGAUGCUAGCAACAAGGACAAGGUGAAGUGCAAGCUCUAUGACAAGGAGAUGAGAGGAGGGAUUCAUAGGUUGAAGGAGCAUUUGGCUCAUGAAGGAAAGAAUGUGAAGAAAUGCACAGCAAGAACACCACAGGCUAUGGAGGCUAAAGAGAAGUGCAAGAAGGCACUAGCUGAUGCAAAAAGGAAGAGGGAGGAGAAGACUCUUCGUGAGCUAGAAAUUAGAGAGGAAGUUCAUGUAUCUAGGGUUGGAAUAGAUUCAGAUGAAGUCACCUGUGUUGGAAGUUUAGAGCCCCACAAAUUAGGACCCAUUGACAAAUGGACACGAAUUGCUUUCAAUGCAUGUGAUAAUGAUGAGUUCAAGCAAAUGUGCGAAGCAAUUGGACAGUUUGGUCCAGGACUUGUACCUCCAACUCAGGAUGCACUGCGAGGGAAGUUGCUGGAAGAAGAAUAUGAAAGAACCAAGAGUUUGCUGCAGGAGCGUGAAGCCGAGAAGAUGAAAAAUGGAUGUUCUAUUAUGACUGAUGCUUGCUCUAAGGAGAUGUCACAUGUCUCACAUACCAAUGAGGUCAUCUUUGAUCUUGUGGACAAAGCAAUUGAAGAGAUUGGUCCAGACAAUGUGGUGCAAGUAGUGACUGAUAAUGCCUCCAACAACAUGGGAGCAAAGAGGCUAUUGGAAGAAAAGAGACCACACAUAUUUUGGACCUCUUGUGCAGCUCACACAAUCAACCUUAUGCUCCAAGGAAUUGGCAACUUGACUCGGACAUUGGAGUGCUUGAGAUACUUCACAGAGGGGAAAGAGAUAGUGAGGCCAGGAGUGACUAGGUUUGCUUCAAACUUUCUCACUUUGAGUAGCAUGCAAGAGAAGGACCAGUUAAGGAAGAUGGUGGUUCAUAGUAGGUGGGACUCAUUGAAGGAUGUGAAAUUAAAGAAAGGAAAAGAGGCAACAGCAACUAUAUUGAGUCCAAGCUUUUGGAAGGAUGUGAAGCUAACAUUGACUGUUUUUGAGCCAUUGGUCAAAGACCUCCGUUUGGUUGAUGGGGAUGUGAGGCCAUCCAUGGGUUUCCUUUAUGGAGAACUACUAAAGGCAAAGAGACAGAUCAAAGAGGCCUUUGGAAAUGUUGAGGCUCAGUUCAAGGAUCAUAUGGCUGCCAACAUUGAACUAAAGAAGUUUCAUAAUAGAGAAGGACCCUUUAGCAAGAAGCUUGCUAGGAAUUUUGAAAACUUUGAUUACAACCCAGCAUCAUGGUGGAGACUGUAUGGAUAUGAAACACCAGCUUUACAGAAGAUGGCUACAAGGAUCCUAUCUUUGACAUCAAGCUCUUCUGGUUGUGAAAGAAAUUGGAGUGGGUUUGAAGGGAUACACACUAAGAAGAGGAAUAAGCUUACUACAACCUGCCUCAACAAGCUGGUGUAUAUCCAAUUCAACUCCAAGCUGCUUAGUAAGAGAGAAAAAAUCAAGUCAAACAAAAUCACUGAUGUUCUCUUGUCUAGUGAUACAACUGAAGCUCAAGGUUUUCUCCAAGAGGGUGGGGAUGAUUGUGCAUUAGCUGACUUUAGAGAUGGGGAGGAAGAUGAGAUGGAAGGUACAGGGAUACCUUGGUCUGUCAUUGGAGAGGCAGUGGGAGCAGAUGAACAGCUUGAGCUGCGUAGAAGUGCAAGAGUGAGGGAGCUCUAUAAAGGAGAAGAAUUUGAGUCUGAAGAAGAAGAGUAUGACGAUGAGGAUGUGUACUACAGUGAAGAAGAAAUAUGA